AUGACGACAACCACGGAUGCUGCUCGCAGUGAUGCGCCCGCAGACAGGAACGCCAACGAUCACUGCACCUUUUGCAUGCUCGCCGAGUUCGACAUCGACCGUGGUUCCACCCUCUCGUACCAGUAUCCAGCUCCCUCCGGCUACGAUGAGCACAUGCUUGCAGAACUCAUGCUCCCGGAUGGAGUGCACACAAGGACCGAGGACUGGACCUUCUUCUUUCUCAAACCGCCGGGCACGCAACGCCCCGCGCUUCGAGAUGCUGCCGCAGAUGACGACCGUUCGUCUCAAUCGCACGCUUCUGUUUCCGCCUCCGGCUCGCAAGACCCAUCGUCCUGGCUUUCGGACGACCUCACAUACGUCAUCAAUCUCGUCCGCACCAAGCACGACAAUACCGUGCGUCGUGGUGCGAUGGUCAAGGCCAUGGCCAUCGGCACCCGCCAUCCGUUCAUCGACGUCUUCAAGCCAGCACUCCUCCUCGCCCUCGACGACUACUUUCAGGAUCCUGGCCCGGACUGUCUUGCGCGUCUGUACGACUCGAUCAACCGUCUCGACCUCUUGUCAGCUCCCACUUUCAGCCGUGCCGAGAAGCUCGUGCUCCGCGCCUCGGAUCGUCGCGAUCUGUUCGAGGAGCGCUUCGCUGCCACGCCUCGCAUCGAUACGCUUGCUUCCAAUCAGCCCGCCUCUGCUCCCGCUCAGAUCGAAGAAGUCGAAACGGCGCGCUCCACACCAAGCAAUGCCGAGGCCUCCGACCCGGUCCGGCCGCGCACCAACAGCACCUCCACCCUCUCGUCCGAAACCAGAUCCAUCAAGAAGAAGCUCAGCGUUUCCUCUCUACGUCCUAGUAUAGGCGCUCGCAGGGGCUCGUCCGCCAACUCGAUCGCAGGCGUUUCCUCCACCCCUGACAAGAGGAUCGCCUCCUCGACAGCCAACUCGGCGUACAGGCCUCGUGAUACCCACUUCUUCGACACCACGCUCGUCUACCGCUCCGUGCCGCUGCCCAUUCGCGUCCCGCUCACCACCUUCCCCGAGGAAGUGGGGGAGUACUCGCUCAUCCGCCUCAUACAGACCUUUUCCGGCCCGCAGUCCACUCCCUCGGGACCAGUCCACCCGCACUUGCACAUCAACGGUCCCUCCACCCACCCCAUCAUCGUCCUCUUCAACGCGCUCGUCACACAGAAGCGCGUCAUCUUCCUCGGCUACGGCCAGCCUGCCCAUCUGGUCGCCAGCUUUGUCCUGGCUGCCUGUGCACUCGGCUCCGGAUGCGGCGCAGUGCUGCAGGGGUUCGCUGCACGCGCUUUUCCCUACACCAACCUGCUUGCGCUCGACGAGCUCGAAACCGUGCCCGGCUACAUUGCCGGCGUGACCAACCCACGCUUCGAGGAUCUUCAUGCUUGGGACCUCUUGCUCAACGUCGAGACGGGUCGCAUUCAGGUGGCCAAGGACAUUGCUCCCGCUCCGACGCCCACCAGUGCACCCUCGCAUGCCAUGCAGCGAUCGGCCACACUGCCGCGCGAAGCUGCAGGCUCAAACAGUGCAUUCGGCAGUGUCUCUUCCGCUACCGGCACAGACCUCAAAUCCAGCGCCGAUGCAGAUCUGGCGCAGUUCGGCGCUCUUCCUACCAAUGGUACUGGUGGCAUCGGCUCGGCGAUCGGCAACGGGCCGGUAUCGAACAAGCCGUCGAGCAUGGGUGGCGCAUCGGCACGCGAUCGAUCCAACACAGCGCAGUACGACACGCGCUCGGACGCGAGCAACACGCUCUUCAUGGAAGAGCUGCAGAGUGCGAUCGCUGCGCACUAUGGCGAGCGCUACAUCCGCUCCCGCGUGCAGGAGUACGUCUUCCACUUUGUCCAGCGCGUGGCUCGGCACGAGGAGCAUUUCUGCGGGCGCACCUGGCUCGGACCUGCAUGCCAGCCGUUCCUCAACGGCCAACUGGGGUCGGGUCCCGUGUACGCGGAUCGCGAUUCCGAGAUGCGCGAGAUCCUGUCGAACCAGAUGCGCAUCGAGGGCUUCCGUCGCACCAUCGCAUACCAGCUGCUGGCGGAUAAGGUGCGCGAAUUUGGCGGCUGGACACCCGCGAUACGCAGCUUUGACCUCGCCCACCAGCUGGGUCGCCUACGCAGGGCCAAGAAGCUGCACGUCGGCGAGUCGGAUCUGAUCUUCCAGACGAUUGCGCAGGGCGUCGUGACGCACGAGCAGAUCGUCGAGGUGCUUGCGCUGCUCCCGCCGCAUACCGGUGGGCUGCUCCCCAUCGCCACUGGACUGUUCCAUCCCAUGCAGGCGGUGAGGGACGCAGUGGUGGACUUCUUGCUCAGGCUCUGCCAGCAUCCGGUCGGGAGGAAGUUUGUGCAGAGCAUGCACACGUAUCAGCGACUGGCGUUUGCCAGGCUUGCGCAGGAGCGCGCCGAGGCGGAUCUGAGGAGCGCCCAGGCGGAAGUGCAAGAGCUCACGGUCGCAUCGGCGGGGUUGUCAGCUGCGGCAGAUGGUGCGAGCGAAGCGCGGUCGCCUACGGCGCUGUCAUCGAACGGUUCCGGCCCGCGCGGCGAGUUGUACCAGUCUUUCAGCCCAACCAAGGAGGUGGCAAGCACGCCAGCCACGCUGCUGGCUGAACAGAACGCUUCCGCAUAG